AUGAUGAUCCCUUCCCUCGCUCCGAACGUAUUAGCGCUAGAGCUCAUGAGGGUCCCGAUUGAGCAACAACAAUCAUCCCCCUUGAGCGAAGACACCCGGAAAAUGCGGCUCACCCGCGGUGUCUACGCGCCAGGAAGGGCGCUAGCCCCAAGAACUAUCAGAAGCAAUAUCGCUAGAGUGACAGUCGGUUCCGCCAUUAUUGAGGACAGGUGGGCGCCGGGAACUGAUCUGGACCGUCGCCCGCGUGAAAAGCGAGCCGUGCUAAGCCGGUUAGUGUUCCUUUUUCCUACUUACCUCGGAUCUUUCGGUGGAGUAGUCGGGGAUGUUGACGGGCUUCUCCGUCACCUGAGUGGCCAUGACAUGCGCUGUUAUCUGUCGGCCAGGCAGCCCAGACACGUCCGCGGACCGGGCAUCAGCGUCGGGCGCUCUUAUACGGUGAAUGGGGGGGAUGAUGCUAUCUUCUCCCUUCCCCUCCCCUCUUGUCCCCUCCGUUCGGACUGGAGUGCUCCCAACUUGCUUUCCCAGAUCUGCCUGGCCGGAAUCGCGUCGAUUGGAGGGAACCAGUCGUGA